AUGUGCGCUCUCGUCCGUUUCGAAUUGAAAACAUUUUUGCGUCGAUUCUUUCGAGAAGAAGCUGAAAGCGACCCAGCUGAGACACGCAAACGAACCAAUGCCGAUCCUUUCUUCCAUCUCGUCACAUCAAUUUCAAUUCGCCUCAUCCGGUGCUAUAGACAGCGCACGGCAGACCUGAGCCUCGUGUGGUUUCGAAUUAACGCUGUAGAUUCGGCGGCGAGCGACGAUGUUGUACUGCAAGCAGACUCAGCUGACCUCUACCGCCCGUCUGAUGUCUGCAUCCUGCGGUCCUGCAGCGCACAGCUUCUUCCAAAACGGCAGACCGCCGAUCCUGACGCGGUACCACAAUUGCCGGUAAAAAUCCAAAAAGAUUCGGCAGCGGACAAGCACAACAACAAAAAGAAAGCUCGACGAUAA